UUCUCCUUUGUUUCGCGUGUACUCCACGCGCCGCCGUGAGUCCCUCUGGCUCCGCUGCUUCAAACCUCACAUCCGUCGCUAUGUCUUCUUCUUCUUCUUCUUCUUCUUCCUCCAUACGAGCUCGUGUCACUAUCGUCGCUCUCCUCUCAGUCACCACCUUGUACUGUUUCUACCAGUACCGUCGCUUGAAACGUCUCAGAAACCUCUCCUUAAAUCCUAAAUCCUCAUCCAACUCCACCAGAGGCAAGAUCUUUUUCAUCUCUGAAACCGGAACAGCGAAAACCCUAGCUCACCGGCUCCAUAGGCUCAGUGCAUCGAGCGACGUUGCCUUUGAUCUCGUCGAUCCUCGGAGCUAUGAACCCGAAGAUCUCUCCAAGGAAACCUUAGUGAUUACUAUUGCGUCGACUUGGGCGGGCGGGAAAUCACCUGGCAACGGAGAGUUUAUAGUUAAUUGGUUGUCGGAGAGCGCUGAUGAUUUCCGCGUCGGGUCGCUUUUGCUCUCAAAUUGCAAGUUCGCAGUUUUCGGCGUCGGAAGCCGCGCGUACGGCGAGACGUACAAUGCCGUAGCGAAGGAAUGGUCGAAGCGGAUGAGAGAAUUGGGAGGCUCCGAGAUUUUUCCGGUGGGAGAAGGUGAUGUUGACGACGGUGAAUUGGAUAGAGUUUUUGAUGAUUGGUGCAAUGGAGUGAUUAGGUUUCUGAAGGGAGGUUCUGUUCAAUCAACAAAUGGGGUUUCGCAGAAUGGAGCUUUAGAGAGUGAUGGCGAGAUUAUUGAGUCUUCAGGUGACGAGUAUGAAGAUAAUGAUAUGGAGGCCGAGGUUGUCGAUGUUGAAGACAUUGCCGGAAAAGCUCCUUCGAAGAGAAACGGUUCCGUAAAUGUCACUCAAAUGAAUGGGAAGAAAGAAAUGGUGACCCCUGUGAUCAGAGCAAGCUUGCAGAAGCAGGGGUACAAGAUCAUUGGUUCACAUAGUGGUGUUAAGAUAUGUAGAUGGACAAAGUCCCAGCUUAGAGGCCGGGGAGGUUGCUACAAGCAUUCAUUUUAUGGCAUUGAGAGUCACAGAUGCAUGGAAGCAACACCCAGUUUGGCGUGUGCAAACAAAUGUGUUUUUUGUUGGAGGCAUCACACGAAUCCUGUAGGAAAAAGCUGGCAGUGGAAGAUGGAUGACCCUUCGGAGAUUGUAAAGACUGCUCUGGAGCUUCAUACAAAAAUGAUUAAACAGAUGAAAGGAGUUCCAGGUGUUACAACGGAGAGAUUAACGGAAGGCCUCUCUCCAAGGCAUUGUGCAUUAUCUCUUGUUGGUGAGCCAAUUAUGUAUCCAGAAAUCAAUGCCCUCGUAGAUGAACUACAUCAAAGACGAAUUUCUACAUUUCUAGUGACUAAUGCACAAUUCCCUGAGAGGAUUAAGAUGUUGAAGCCUAUCACCCAGUUAUAUGUAAGUGUAGAUGCUGCAACAAAAGAUAGCCUGAAGGCCAUUGAUAGGCCUCUCUUUGGAGACUUCUGGGAGCGAUUCAUCGGUUCCCUGAAAUCUCUUCAAGAGAAAAAGCAGCGAACUGUAUACCGUUUGACCCUUGUCAAAGGCUGGAACACGGAGGACAUAGAUGCGUAUUUCAAUCUCUUUAACGUUGGAAAACCUGAUUUUAUCGAGAUCAAAGGUGUCACGUACUGUGGAUCCUCUGCAACAUCAAAGUUAACAAUGGAGAAUGUACCAUGGCAUUCAGAUGUCAAAGCUUUCUCCGAGGCUUUAGCUAGCAAGAGUGGAGGAGAAUACCAAGUUGCCUGCGAGCAUGCCCAUUCUUGUUGUGUUCUUCUGGCCAAAACUGAUAAGUUCAAAGUGAAUGGACAAUGGUUCACUUGGAUAGACUAUGAAAAGUUCCACAAUCUGGUGGCUUCGGGAAAACCAUUCACUAGCGAGGAUUACAUGGCUCCUACACCGUCUUGGGCAGUCUACGGGGCAGAGGAAGGUGGAUUUGACCCUGAGCAGGCUCGGUACAAGAAGGAACGUCAUCACCACCAGAAACCGCAGACUGUUUCAGGUUAAAACAAGGUUAAGAAAGUAGACAUCAGCCCGAACUUUUCCAAACAUGAACCCUCACAGUUUUGUUGCCUCAUUUCACAUUGUAGCCUAAUGUGUUCUCAUGAUUUUCCUUGAAUGGAUGGAAAGCAGGAGUUGAGGGUGAUGAACUUGAUGGAUGUUUGAAAUUCUUUUUAUGUGCUAUCUUCCAACUUUUGGAUUUUUUUUUUUUAAAAUGGGAAAAUUUGUGUUUCGAUACACAAUUUGUUU